AUGGUAUAUGAUGUAACUACAUAUUUGGAUAAGCAUCCUCGAGGUGAGGAAAUUUAAAAAAAUGUGUAACCAAAGAUGUUACAGAAUAAUUCUUAGAAUAUAAUCAUUCAAACUAUUCACAAUCUAUACUUGAAUAUAGAUUGGUAGGAAAAUUAACAAAUGAACCACCACCUGAUAAUUAUGCUUAAUUACUUAAACAAAGAAAAUUAAGAAUAAGAGUAAAUUCAAAUACAGAUUAAAAAUCCAUACAAAAAAGUUACUUGGGAAGAAUUAGAAUGUCAUAGACAGACGACGCUAGGAUUGUUAUAGAUAAUGAUGUAUAUGAUAUAACCAAUUUUUAGGUUUAACAUCAUGGAAGAAUGA